AUGCCAACACCAAGAAGUAUCAUCCUCACCUUGUUUUCCUCAAGAACAUGCUCGUUAUGUACCACAGCUAAAGAUACUUUAUUAAAAGCUCAACAAAAGAUUCCUUUCGAACUGAAAGUGCUGGAUAUUCACAGGAACGAGUGCCCAAAAGAUCUUGCUGAUCAAUACAUGUUUGACAUUCCUGUGAUACAUCUGGGCGAUGAGUUUCUGGCAAAACACCGGAUAGAGGAAGACAAGUUAUUAAAAGCUAUAAAAACUUAUAAAGAUACUGGCAAAGUAGAAAAAAUUCAGAAUGAUUAA